AUCUGUUUGGUACAGUAAAGCAAGACUGGUUUGCGGUGGCCUCUGCUUUAGAGCAUACUUUGAACACAAUUAAAGAACAGAUGCCACAGAUCCAGGAGGUUUUUCUACGUUCAGAUAAUGCUGGUUGUUACCAUUGCGGAUGUUUGUGGUUGAGUUUAAGUGGUAUCAGUGAACGAACAGGUAUUACAGUGGUUCGUUAUGACUACAGUGAAGCCCAAGCAGGAAAAAGUAUUUGUGAUGCUAAGAUAGCACACAUGCGCUCUAAAAUGAGAAUGUAUGUAUCCUCAGGAAAAAAUAUCACUACUCCAUUUGAUAUGCAGGAUGCUAUUAUGGGAGGAACUGGAGUGGCAGGAUGUCAGUGUGCUGUUGUGGAAGUAGACACAACAAAACAAACCAUGAUUGGUCACCGCAUUAAAGGAAUUUCAAACAUCAGCAAUAUAUCUUUUGAUGGAGAUGAGAUCAUUACAUGGCAAGCAUACAAUAUUGGUAUAGGCAACAAAUUUAAGAGAGGUUCUGUCCUAAAAUCUGAACAGAAUGAAACAGGAUUGAAAAUUGUUUCCAAUUUCCAGGAGCCACAUCAAAUGACUGGAAAUAUCACAAGGAAGGAAAGGAGAAUGUCAACUAAUGAUGAUGCACUAAAUGAAGAUCAGUCAGAUGAAUUGUUCUAUUGUACAGUACUUGGUUGCACUGGUCAGUUCUCAUCCUACCAAUCUCUGCAGGAUCAUAUAAACCUAUCACGUCAUUCAAAUGAAAAGAUGUCAACAUAUGAUAAGAUUAGGCAUCGCUGGGUUGCGAACUGUCAAGCCAAUCUAUUAACAUCUAAGGAAAUGCUGAGACCAACUAACUGUUCAGGUGACCUACAAACUAAUUCAGAAGAAACUGAAACACCUACUGAGUAUGGUUGGGCUUUGAAAAAAGAGCGAAAAUUUGUGCGCUUCAGUAAAAAGGUAAAAGAGUAUUUACAAAAUAGAUUCCAAGAAGGUGAAAAAUCUGGCAGAAAGGCAAAUGCAUCAGAUAUUUCUAAAGAUAUGAAAUCAUUACGUAAAGAGAAUGGGGAAAAGUUUUUCAACAGUGAUGAUUGGUUGCAACCAUCCCAGAUUGCCUCUUAUUUUGCACGCCUGUCUAUCUUUGGAAGAAAGGAUAUUGAGAACAAUACAGAGAUUGAUGAAGAUCUGAAUUCUGUCAUUCAUGCUAUAGAAGAACAGGAUGUUAGGAACCUUAUUGCAGCAACAAUUACAGAAUAGGACAAGUGACUACAAACAAUAUUGCCUAAAGUUUGCUUUUUUAAAAUUCGAAUUACCCAAGAAGUAUAAAUUUAAACAAAGAUUAUUUUUGUAGUCUAUGCUGUUGGUUAUAAAUAUUAAGAAAAUGUUAAGAAAUUGAAAAAACAUUCUAAUGCGAAAUUCUUUGUAUUCAAUUUGUUAAAUUUUUCAAAUAUAUAUUAGUCAACAUGGUCAACGUCAAGG